AUGGCCAAGUUCGUCGCCGCCGCCGCCGCGGCGGCGCUGUGCCUGGCGGCGCUGGCGGCCGUGGCCGUCGGCCAAGGCGGGUUCGAGCGGCAGAGGCUGAGGGACCUGCGGUGCCAUCGGGAGGUCGAGGAGAGCCCGCUGGAGGCGUGCCGGCAGGUCCUCGACCGACAGCUCACCGGCGGCAUGCGCUACGGGGUCGGCCCGUUCCGGUGGGGCGUCGGGCUGCGGAUGCGGUGCUGCCAGCAGCUCCAGGACGUGAGCCGCGAGUGCCGCUGCUCCGCCGUCCGGCGCAUGGUGCGGGGCUACGAGGAGACCAUGCCGCCGCUGGAGGAAGGGUACGGCGGCGACGAGUCGGCCGGCGAAGGUUACUACGGCGGGGAGGGGUACCUGCCGUUCCCUUUCGGCACCGGGAGAAGGAUCGGCCGCGUGAGGUUGACGAAGGCCAGGCAGUACGCCGCGGGGCUGCCGAUGAUGUGCCGCCUGGAGCCCCAGGAGUGCAGCGUCUUCUCCGGCGACCAGUACUCCUAGGGUGGAGUGAGGUGGCGCGGCGGCGUGCGAGGGCACGCACGCACGCGCGGUGAUCCUGAAUAAAGUGGCUCCUGACGUGGAUCCUCGCACUGUCGUGUGCUACAAAUAAGAUAAUGAUUAUUAUAAGUGAUGAAUAAGUGAAUGAGGCCAGCUAGUGCUGGUACGAUUCUACCAGUGUAUG